AGUUCAGCAGUUGAUCGUACUUCCGAUUUUAUUCGUUCUGUACAACUUAGUCGAUCAAAAUUAAAUGAUGCCAAGUACCAAAAUAAUAAUUUAUCGUCUAAAUCAUCAAUGAAUGGAAAUCAUACAACAACAAUGGAGUGUAAUUCUCUUGAUGCUACAGAUAAUACUCUAUUGUAUAAAUCACCUGUAUUAAAUGGAUUACAAGAGAAUCACUACCAAUCAGUUAGUAAAACAAAUAAUCCGCUUACACAACGUUCACAAUUUAUGAAAGCAGCUUCAAUUAUUGGUCAAGAUUUAGCCAAUACAUUCACCAAACUGGAACAGUUGAAUGCGCUAGCUAGACGGCAAACAUUAUUUGAUGAUCAUAGUGCAGAAAUUCAACAUUUAACUUACGUGAUCAAAGAAUCAAUGGCUAAUUUAAAUAAUAGAAUUGCUAAUUUACAAGAAAUGACCAAGUCUCAGGGGUCUAGUGGAAAACAACAAUCAACUCAUUCACGUUCUGUUCUAAUGGUUCUACAGACACGUUUAGCUAAAAUGUCUGAUCAAUUUCGUGGUGUAUUGGAAUAUCGUUCAGAGGAUAUAAAAUCACAGAAUGCACGUAAAAGUAAAUACAGUUCAAUUGAUGAUGAAACAUUAAGCAAUAAUACUACUAAUACACAAGUAGCUAAAUCACCACAUGUUAUUAUUCCAUCAGUUCUAUUAAAAGAUGAUGAACGCGCCAGAGAAGCUUUACUGAGUGGUAAUCAAGGCAAUGAUGGAUUAGAUGGUUUAGGCAGUUUUGUACCACCUACCUUGCCUAUGAAUUCAAAUUUAGGAUUUGCUCAAAAAUAUGUUAGUUCAGAUCAAACGGAUACCUAUUUAGCCUCGCGUGCAGAUACAAUGCGAAGUAUUGAGCAUACAAUUGUUGAAUUAGGACAGAUUUUUCAACAGUUAGCUACUAUGGUACAUGAACAAGAUGAAUCAAUACGUCGUAUUGACGCUAAUGUUGAUGAAGCCGCCGUGUCAGUUGAAGCUGGUCAUUCCGAGUUAAUUCGCUACUUUCGUUCUAUUAGCUCAAGUCGAUGGCUUAUGAUUAAAGUGUUUUUUGUUUUAAUUGUAUUCUUUGUGAUAUUUGUUGUAUUCUUUGCUUAAAAAACAAACAAACAAACAAGCGAUCGAUUCCUAUAUCCUCAACCCUCCCUAUUUAUAAUUGACUUCGUUAAACUCUUAUUUUCACUUCUCCUACACUUUAUAAUGACAUAAAGAAAAUCAUACAAUAGGAAAAAUAUAUCACUCCUUAUAUGUUGUAUGUAAUAUAUUUGGGAGGGAGAGGGUGAAAAAAUACUAAAACAAUAUUGAAUUAAACAAAAUAAGAAGAACCGCCUUUGACCAGUGGCUAAUUAAGGGUAUUAAUGAUAAUAAUCAGCUGAUUCAUGCUGAUGUCAGCAUAUUUGGAACCAACCAAUCAAAAAACACUUAAGUGUAACACCUACGCACUUGUAGACAGUUGACACGUUCUCUGAUUGGUGGAUUUUAUUUGGUUAAUUUCAAUCAGCUGAUUAUUAAUGCCUUUUUACGCCACGGUUUAAUUUUUGUCAUUCUAUCUAUCUGUCUUUCAUAUAAAUUUUUUUUAUGAUGAUAUAUAUUCAUCCUUAUGUAACUAAAGUUUUCUUCAUGGGGAUAAAUUCAAAUGACCAGAGUAAUUGUUCUGCUUCGUUUCCAAUAUUGAUUUUAAUUGUCUUUCUCCCCAUUUCUUUUGUAUCUCCAGUUGUUGUUGUUGUUUCUUUAUCGAUAAAGAGUGGAGAGAGAGAGAGUGGUUUUUAAUUCAUCUUUCUUUUUUUGUUGGUUUUCUUCACAAUUUUCACAAUACCACUCAUAUCGGUUAAACAGUCAGUAGUGUAUAUCAAGCAGUGUACACUUUUGUAUUAUUAUUUAUGAAAUUUGUGUACAGAUUGUUGUGAAUACUUACAUACCUGUUGGUUUGACCUUGUUUAGUUGAAUUGUCUGUUUGUCUAUCCAUCCAUCCGUCUGCCUGUCUGUCUGUCUAUCUAUCUAUUUUAUUGCCUCAUUCAAGGACAUAGUGUGUCUACUAUGUUUCUCCAUUAUCAAUUCAGCCUUUCAGAAACUAAAUUGUAUUGUAAAACGUUUCUACAGAUUCUUUAUUAUUAAUAUAACUAUUAUUAUUACUACUUGAUAAAAAAUGAGUACUACUU